AUGAAAGCGGUAACACUCCGAUGGCAUACCUAUCGUGUAAUAAUCGUAACUUCGCUUCUUUGGUGUAUUCUUUGCGUUUGUGUUAUUCUCUAUUAUAUGGACUGUUUGCUCAAUAAUAACAUUAGUUGUAGAAAUCCAUUACUUUUAAGGACUAAAACUGAAACAAAUCGUCAACAUCAUGAACAUCAUGAACGUUUGCAAAGUAAUCUAAUUAAUUCAGAGGUUCACGACUUUAAUACAUUAAAAUCCAUGUUUUCCGUCACUUAUAAACCCGAGGAACUUAGCACGUGGGCGCCUGUCGAAACAAAUAAAACAAAUCCAGUGAAAUGGUUGGGCGAGUUUGGAAAGGGAGUCAAUAUUGGACCCGAAGAGUUGGACCUAAAGAAUGAGUUGUUUGAAGUCAAUAAAUUCAAUCUAUUGGCCAGCGAUAGGAUUGCAUUCAACAGAUCCAUUCCAGACGUCAGAUUAGAGGGUUGCAAACAUAAGUCUUAUCCAAAAUUACUUCCAACCACUUCAGUGAUAAUAGUGUUUCACAACGAGGCUUGGAGUACAUUUAUAAUACAAAGAUCUCCGAAAUCCCUCCUCAAAGAAAUCAUUUUAGUAGACGACGCGAGUGAAAGAGAUUUUUUAGGCAAACAAUUAGAAGAAUAUGUAUCGAAAUUACCGGUUCGGGUGAUAGUUCUCCGGACGGGCAAACGGUCGGGUCUAAUACGGGCCCGACUUAUAGGCGCUAAGGAAGCCAAAGGACAAGUCAUUACUUUCUUAGACGCUCACUGCGAGUGUACGAAGGGAUGGCUCGAACCACUUCUCUCCAGAAUUGUUGAGGACAGAACUAGAAUAGCCUGUCCUAUAAUCGAUGUUAUAAAUGAUGAAACCUUUGAAUACACGCCGGCGUCGGAUAUGACUUGGGGUGGAUUUAGUUGGAAACUUAAUUUUCGAUGGUUUCGCAUUCCUAAGCGAGAAAUGAAACGAAGAGCCGAAGACCGCACACAACCGAUUCGAUCACCCACAAUGGCCGGUGGUUUGUUUGCAAUGGAUAAGCAAUACUUUGAGUUAUUGGGCAAAUAUGACGAGGGAAUGGAGAUCUGGGGCGGAGAGAACCUGGAGUUGAGUUUCCGGGUCUGGAUGUGUGGCGGGUCUCUUGAGAUCGUCACGUGUUCACACGUGGGACAC